AGGCAAAGUCCGAGCACCCUUCACACCAGCAGCUCACCCACUGGCCGACUGAUGGUCUGGAUCUUCCUGAGAGUUUCUCUGACGGCUAUAAGAACCGGCGUGCCACGUGAUUCUUGGGGGCGACUCUUGAUCUGAGCCAGAAUCAUCUCUUACAUUUACAUCAACUCUUUCAUACCUUUUCUUUACUUGGCUCUGAAACAAGUACAGCAGAUACAAGAGUUCAUUUACAUUGAUCAAGAUCAACAUUGGAAGGAAAUACUGUGCAUAGAGAAGCUUGCUGGAUAACAUCCCGUCUGGUAUCGAGUCAUCAUGAGUAGCAGUGGGACCUCCGCGGUUCCGUCACAGACUUACAAGCGGGCUGUACGCAAGAUCCGAUGUGCUGCUAUGGUGGCCAGCUUGGCCAAGAGUUGGCAAGGAUGGGCCAGCGAGCAAAGCGACAAGCAGGACUCCAUCCCCAGCGGCUGGAUGCCGUCAUCCGUCGAGGAUGAAGUAGACAAGACGCAGCGUGUCGUCAAACUCAACGUUACUCCACGAGUCAUCGAAGCAGACGACACCGACGGAGACAAAAUUCGGACUUGCUCCGUGACCAAGACCGUCCUGCCGAAACGCAGCGAAUGCAUCGGCAACAAUUUAAUAAACGCCAUCCGGGACAAGAUGGAGUCGGCUCCCGAGGAGACCAAGCCGUUCCUGGGCAACGAGUCGCCGACGCGGAGGCGCCAGAUGAGGGCGCUCAAGAGCAUGGAAGCAGGCGGAGGAGGCGCUAUCCAGGAGAAGAAGCUAUUGCUUCACGAUAAGAAACUGGGCUCGAGUAGCAGCCUGGACACAGAGGACAGCGGUCUCGGGGAGGACGGUGGACUCAGCGACAACGGCGAGUCAAAAACUGAAGGCAAAACAAAGACAGACAGGCCCAAGGUAAAGAUAACGACGAUGGGCGACAUCAAGAGCCGCUGGCAGAAGUGGUCGGAGCAGCACGUGGAGGGCCAGAAGCUCAACCCCUUCAGCGAGGACUUUGACGAGGAGUUCGCCAUGGCCCAGCGGCUCCGCAAGGGCGACUCCGGCUACGGCCGGCCCAAAGAGGGCUCCAAGACGGCCGAGAGGGGCGACCGGGCCCACAAACACAUCCAUAGGGAGAUGGAGGAGAUGGUGUGGAUUAUCAAAGACAUGGGCUGCAAAGACAAGCAGGGCCGGAUCGUCAUCUCCUUCGGCCGGCUCUUCGACCGCUACGUGAAGAUCUCGGACAAAGUGGUGGGAAUCCUGCUGCGCUGCCGCAAACACAAGAUGGUGGACUUUGAGGGGGAGAUGCUGUGGAAAGGGCAGGAUGAUCACGUCAUCAUCACAGUAAUAGACUGAGUAUGGAUAAUAGGGGUGUAACGAUGCACUAAUUUCACGAUACGGUAC